AUGGCCGCCGAAACCGCUGAUCCUCUAGCGGACGAGCUCGCUCUGGGAUGGGGUGAAGACACGAUUUACUGCGAAGCGACUUGCGACCCCCAAGAUGUCUUGUACGAAGGUUCAGACGACGAAAACUACGAUAACCCUAUGUCCCGAAAGCUACGUAUCGAAGCAGCCGGUCAACGAUUUCUCGACGGAAAAACACCAGUCCUUCUGACCGCACUGCUCAGAGGCCCCUUUGAUGCGAAGUCCUCGAACUGGGUGAACCCUUGGCGUUCAAAGCACCGAACGGCUGGAAAUGCAAGAAUAAUAAGGACGUCGCCAGGGAAAUUGAAAAGAUCCGCCAAUGUUCGACGCAACGUAUCUAUUCCAGAGACAGUUCAGCCGGCUAGUGAUAGUCUGGAAUGUCACCUCCCGAGCCCCGAAAGCCUUAACCAAACUUCAGAGACCGAAACACACCCUUAUUUGGAGGAAGAUGAGCUCGCCAAGGUCCGAGAAUGGCGAGAUGCCGUGGAUGCUGAGAAGAAACCGAAGGACGAGUUUUGGGCCUCAACACCAGAAGGGUCAUUGUCUGAGAGAAAGCGAAAGGCCAAGGGAUCUUCAUGGUUGAAGCAUCUGGCAAAUAAACGACAGCGAACAGAAGUCAUGGAAACGGGAUCCAUUGAUACUCCAGUCCCAUCCAGAAAUCAACCCUCGCUCUCAGCUACGAAGGCGUUCAACACAUCAUUUUCAAGUGUCCCUGACCGCUUACCAUCUUCCGCCAUUGCGACAAAGAAAUUCUUCUCACCGCCGCAACAUGAGCAAACGACUUCAGAGGACGAACUAUCCCGCGAUAAGGUUACGUUGGAUCGAGCGCCUUCGUCGUCACCUUUAUCAUCUCUGCAGUGCACUCCAGUCCUGGAUUCACAUGCGAAUAUAUCAUCACGAGACAGUGUUGACCACCAAACACCAAGUAAAGUCUCAGUUCCUGACCGAGGCUCUGUGCCCGGAACAACUGAUCUGAGAGCUCAAGAUGAAGCGGACAGCAACACAACACCUCGCCCAGCUUUCGAGACCCAAGAAGAUGCCAGUUUCUGUUUUAAAAUGCGGCCAAGGCUCAAUCAAGCUGCCGAGACUGCAUCAGACCGAGAUGUCUCCAUGUCCAAUGAGGACACUUGGUCUGGCCUGUCAUCUAUCUCAAGCAAGGAAUUUCGUGGAUUCGAUAUUUCUGACAGCCGGCCGAAUAGUGCGGAGGGCUGUUCGAUGAUUGAUACCACGACAUCUGAUUCGGAGCUCACAAGUUGUCCUAGCCAAGUGUCGGCGGAAGACGCAGUAUUGCUCGUCGCUGAAGAACUUCUCAGCGCAUGUGAAUCAACCACAGGGUCAGAAGAUGAGGACAUGGGUGUGACGGCCGAUGCCACCAGCAGCCUGGCUGUAACUGAAAAUCACGAGGGCAGUGUCACUGCCUCCGUGGACGAAUCUAGCGAAGAAGAGGAAGAGGAAGUGGAAGUGGUUGGCAAAGCGAAAGCCACUGAAGUUGUAUCCCCAACAACACUCAAUAAUAGGACGCCACAAACCUGGGCAGGACUUCGCAAGGCUGAGGCGACGCCAUCAAAACCUACAACACCUUCUCAUGCUGAGUAUCUUCUCAGAACUUCUAUCAAGAAGAAAUUCAUUCCUCAAAGCUCAUGGGAAAAGUUGGCAAAAUUGACUGGAAGUCCUGCCCAUCAAAGCUCACCCCAAAGAAGAUCAUCUUGCCCGUCGAAGCUGGCCUCCAACUCUCCCAGUGACCGACGGAAGACAGCAUCGGUUCAAUCUACUCCUAUGAAGACGACUCUACGUCGAGCUUUGAGUCUUCCCCAGCAUUCGUCACAGAACGUGAGACCAACUGUUGUCGAUAGCCCAGCCAAGGAGCAACAGCUAGAGCAAGAACAGCGCCAGCCCAAUCCACCAAAGGACACACGCAUUCCCUUCUCACAGCAGACCCCAUGGGUCGAUAAUAAGCUUUCUCAGUACGCUACACUGAGCCUGGGCAAGAUAUCUACAGACAGCCCUAUGCCAGAGUCAAAGGAAACGGGCACUAUCGUUGCUGAAUCCAGUCCUGUUAAUCAAACGCCUUGGACAAACGAGAUGGCCGAACAGCCGACAAAUUCUCAGGCCCUGACGCCUGUUGUCGAAUUAGAGGAUCGCAUGGCAGUCGAAGAGCCAAACACACCGGCCGUUGUAUCUCAAGUUGAUACACCACUACCGGAUGCUUCUGCGGCAGCCACAACAGUCAUAGAAUCAACACCUGAGCCCCAGUUCUCGGUCAAAUCAUUUGCAUCGUUCAGAUCAACUUCCCCAGGGCAUAGCUCUCGUAGAAGCAAGCGCGCUGUCUGGAGGGAAUCGGGAAGUCGUAUGCCAAGCACGCAGGGUAUUCUGGCUUCCGCAACGAAGAAUCCUUGGGUGGUCAGGAGCUCUGAACGUCGAGUCUCCUUCGCACCGCUACCCCAUGAGACCAAAGGAUAUUCAAGUAACCCAACAACACCCUGCCCAUCUACGUCCAAGGGACGCCAAGGCUCACCACCACCUGAUACUCCUGUGUCCGAACUUCCUACAUCAGGAGAUGACAAGUUCCAUAAGCACUUUGAUGCCGUGGUGCGGGGACCUAUUAUCCGUCAAAAACAGCGUUUGCUCCCAUCAGAAUCACAGCGUACAGUUGGCAGUCCAAUGCCAGAUGCUAUGGCAGAGGCUUUCCUUUCGGCAGACCAGCUGCGUCAAUCAGCUCCUCCUUCGGAUCCAACUAAGAGCGAUCGCGAAUCUGAUGAGUCACAAGACCCUAUGGAAAUGGCGGAGGAUGUUUUCCGCGAGAUGGACCACGUUUUCGAAUGGAAUCUUAGUGGGACAGAGUCAUCACCUCAGAAGACUCAGGGCCAGCAAAGUCCAUGGUGA